GGCAGACUUGGAGACCAGUUCUACAAAGAAGCCAUUGAGCACUGCCGCAGCUACAACUCUCGGCUGUGCGCCGAGCGCAGCGUCCGCCUCCCCUUCCUGGAUUCGCAGACUGGGGUAGCUCAGAACAACUGCUACAUCUGGAUGGAGAAGAGGCAUCGGGGACCAGGACUGGCCCCAGGUCAGCUGUACACAUAUCCUGCUCGCUGCUGGCGCAAAAAGAGACGCUUACACCCUCCUGAGGACUCCAGGCUGAAGCUUCUGGAAAUUAAACCUGAAGUUGAUCUGCCUUUGAAGAAGGAUGGGUUCACAUCAGAGGGAACCACACUGGAAGCCUUGCUGCGCGGGGAAGGGAUUGAGAAAAAAGUAGAUACUAAAGAGGAAGACACUAUACAGGAAAUCCAGAGAGUUUUGGAAAAUGAUGAAAAUGCUGAUGAAGUGAAUGAGGAAGAGGAAUUAGAAGAAGAUAUUCCAAAACGAAAGAACAGGCCCAGAGGACGGGCUCGGGGAUCUGGAGGUGGCAGGAGAAGGAACGAUGCUGCCUCCCAGGAUGACCAUGACAAACCUUUCGUUUGUGACAUCUGUGGCAAACGUUAUAAGAACAGACCUGGACUGAGCUACCAUUAUGCUCACACUCACCUAGCCAGCGAAGAGGGAGAUGAAGCCCAAGAGCAGGAGACUCGGUCCCCACCCGUCCAUAGAAACGAGAACCACAAACCCCAGAAAGGACCAGACGGGGCCAUCAUUCCCAACAACUACUGUGACUUCUGCCUUGGAGGCUCCAGUAUGAACAAAAAAAGUGGCUGUCCAGAGGAGCUUGUGUCAUGCUCAGACUGUGGACGCUCGGGACACCCUACCUGCCUGCAAUUCACCACAAACAUGACGGAGGCUGUAAAAACCUAUAAGUGGCAAUGCAUUGAGUGCAAAUCCUGCAGCCUUUGCGGGACCUCUGAAAAUGAUGACCAGCUGCUCUUCUGUGAUGACUGCGACCGUGGCUAUCACAUGUAUUGCUUAAACCCACCAGUAUCUGAACCUCCAGAAGGGAGCUGGAGUUGUCAUUUGUGCCGGGAACUACUCAGAGAGAGAGCAUCAGCUUUUGGCUUUCAAGCCUAAGGAGCUCCAGGGAUCAAGAUGCAAUUUGGUCCUGGAGUUGUGGUACCAGCGCACAGUUCCCAUCCAGAACACAAAGACACAUGCACACACACACACACACACACACACACGUCGAAGAGAAUGGACACUCAAGUAUGAGAAGAGAUAACAAUGGUAUUUAUUGUCAAAGAGUAAGAUUUCACUAAUAUAGUACCUCCUGGGUUCUACUAGAAGAAACAUGUUCUCCUUUUAAUGCUCCAAAUGGAAUCUCUUCACUGCUGUGCAUGGUUGAUGCUGUAUUGUAAUAGGCUCACAUGCACUAAGUUAAGGGGGAAACUGUUAUACUGAUACUAAGAAAUCAAUUUUGUGCGGCCUUGUGCUUUUUUGUUCGGUCUUCUUCAUAAAGAAAGAAAUAGCAACAUAAUUCCCAAAGCACUACAGAUGAGAUGCUUUGGUUGGGAUAUUGAGAAGCGUUACUCCUCACAGGCUUGACUGAAAACUGCUUUACUGCAACACUAUGUAGAUCUAGAGAGGCUUUGAAGGUUGUGGUAGUGCCGUUCUUCCUGAGUCAUGAAUAACAUGAGCAUAUUGCCACUGAGACAGGAACUGAUCUAAAAUUCCUUGGGUGAUAGUUUCUUUGCUGAAUCAUUAAACCCUUUGAUUUUACUGAUAUUAGAAAUUUGAUUUUAGUGUAAAUGAAAGAAGAAUAGAAUAUAUAUAGACUCAGAGACACUUACUCCAGCUUUCUUUAAUGUUCAGGGAGACCAUCUUAAAGUGGCGCUGUUAUAUAGUUCAGAUCCAAAGCCUGUUUUUUAUUUAAAAAGAGGUGAAGAGUAACGGUUUACAGAACCUGAAAAGAAAGAUGGUCAUGGUGGUUUUAAAAUUUAAAUAAAAAUAGCUUUCCUUUAUUUAAACAGUCCCCUGCUGUGUAGCACACCCAAACAAAAUAGCAUUGAGCUCAUGUAUCAGAACCAGGAAGCGUCACUGUAUUGUCGCUGUCCAAACUAAGUGAAAUGGAGAAAAGUGAACAACAACAAAACAAAAGGACCAAUAGAGAAUAAGUAUUUUUUUUUAACAAUCUUCUCCAUUUCAGUAAUUGAAGGGGUCAAACAUGGAAGGACUAUUUUUUAAAAAUAUGAUUUUUAAGGUUGCAAAUAUGCUACUCCUGAUUCUUCCAAGUAUACAAGAAUUGUCUUAUCUUGGGUGUGACAUAUAAAAUCUGUUUAUAAACAGAUUUAAAAGCUUGCAUGACAGGAGGAAUGUAAUAUAGGUUGAUGAAACCCAAGCAGCAUGAGUGACUCAGGAUGCCUAUGCAAGAUGGUAAGGUUGCAUUUGGGAUAUACAUAUUAAUUGAAGCCUCUCUGCAAAAUUAUUCACCCUGAGGAUUUAAAUUGACAUUGUCAAAAUAAAUGUAAUUUAGUUUUAAAAAGGUCCUUCCCUGUGUUACUAAUAACAACUCAGACUGUUAAAUUUAAAUGAACUGUAUACAUUUAAUUUACUUUUAAUUUUUUAUGUGGUUUGUUUAGCUUUUUCACUUCUUUCAACUUGGACACAGAAACGAGUCUGGUCAGGUUCUCAGUCUUGUUCUUGUGGACUCACACACAGUGCAGUUGUGUGUGAGUUCACAAAACUGCCCUGGAAUUGUUUCAGUCCCACAAAAACUGUUUUCUUUAAAUUCCAAUUUCUUUAAAUGGUACCUGAGCACUUUAUUUCUAGCCCUGUUGCACCAAAUCUACCCCUCAUGCAGCUCUAUUGUCUUCCCCUGGGAUUGAUUUCAUCCAUUAGUAGGGGACAAUGCCCAAAUUUACCAUCCUCAAACUAUUAGAUAGUGUCAGUAGAAAAAUGUGCAAAAAUCGUCUCUCUGUGUCACGCAUUGGGAGGGGAAGAUAGGAGCUUAAAUUUCUACUACAGGCCUACAUUAUUCAAUCCUAGACCAUUAAAUAGGAUUUGUGUCUACAGAACUACAAUAAGAUGAUUGACAUACUGUUAAAACAAGAGCAUUUUAAAACUUUACAUGACCAACUUUCUUUCAACAUCAUGGGGCAACAUGCUGAAGCACUUCAAACUAUUCAUCCCCAUUGUCUCAUCCAAUUCUCUGAGUGGCCCUCGCCUUUCUUUUCAGCUCCCUCCCAUCUGUAAGAAUCCCCUGAGGAAGAGAUAAGAGAGUCUGUCACAAUUCUCCAAUGCUGCCAUGCACAUUGCCGGCUUAGCUUCUCCCAGCAGAUAUGCUGGAUCCAUAACUAGAGACUAAGUAGGAUACAAGAUUCUAGAGGUGCCCAGACCUUUUGGUACAGAAAGCUGCACUGGCAGCUUGCCAGGAGCUGGAUGGCCACAUCUUAUUUGCACACAUAUUUGCAUACAUUUGUUAAUCAAAAUAAAUUGCCAUGACUUUCAUAUUUGCCUGUUGUUUCAGUUAAAUCCUCAUGAAAACUUACAAGGGUUUAGCUGUGUCAUCUCCACCCUGCACUUUCAGGAAACUGCAGCAGAGGCCCAUAUCCUAGGACUCCAGGAGCCUCAGCUGGCCUAUCAGCUGAACCUCUGUUCCUCUACUCAAAGCAUUAACAAGGACUGAUUGUUUUACAGCCUCUGUAUCCCAUAUCCAAUCUACCAAGGCAGAGUUAGUUAGCUACACUCAAGAAUCAAAUGUAUGAGUCCAGAUUAACAGUAACUUUCUUGUCAUGGUCCAGUUACAUUUCAUUCAUUCAGGCUUUACUCUCAUAUAUCUAUGUGCACAGACAGUUCCAGUUAACUUCUAGCAGCCUGAUAGAUCCAAAACCUUCACCUCUCUGACAUUAAGAUGUUCCUGCAACUUAUAUCUCCCCGAUUCACAGCCUUAUUCUUAGGCAAUAGGCAGGUACAUUCUACUCAGUAACAAUUCUUAGCAUGUACAUAGAGCUGGACAACUUCAAAGUGCUUUAAAACAUUAAUUAUUUAAUCUACACAAUGCCCAUUAUGUUAAUAGUGCUGUACCCUUUUUACAGAGGCACAGAAAAAUUAUACCAUGUCUUGCCCAUAGUCAUACAGUGAAAAACUAGGGAAUAGAACUUCUGACCCUGAUUCCCAAUCAGCUUUUCUAACCAUUGGGCACAUUUCCUUCUGCUACUCCUUUGCUGUACACUUAUUUAAAGGAACAAUCCACAAUAAGACAAUUUUCGAAACCCAGCAUAAUCAUGACAUUCUCAUAGGCAAAUUAGGGAAAUGUGGUCUAGAGCAAAUAAUAUAAAGUGGGUGCACAACUGGCUGAAAGACAGUAAUCAAAGAGUAGUUAUUAAUGUUGGCUGUCAAACUGGGGGAAGGGUAUAUCUAGUGGUGGUCUGUCCUGAGUCUGGUACUACUCAAUAUUUUCAUUAAUGUCUGAGAUAAUGGAGAGGAGAAAAUCUUGUAAAAUCUAUGGAUGACACCAAGCUGGGAGGGGUUGCAAGCACUUUGGAGGACAGGAUUAAAAUUUAAAAUGACCAUGACAA